GUCGCAAAAGAGUUCCCCUGUCAGUUUGAGGAAGACUUGUGUGUGUGUGAACGCGAUGUUUCGUCGUUUCCUUUAACUGCUGCGUUUUGUUUUUGUUUUGGCGUCUCGCUGGAAUCCUAACUGGAUACUCUGACGUUUGAGAAUAUGGAGUCUCGCCCUGUGAGACGGUCGCAAAGGCAGUCCACCAGUAAAGUAAUGAUUAUUGAGCCGACUGUCCGGAGACCAAUAAAGAGGCCCAGAAAGAAUUUAGAAAACCGAGCUCCUGCUGCAGCGGUCAAUGGUUCCAAAGAUAUGGAGACUGGCUCUGAGGAUGAAGAUUCCCCGAGCAAGAAGAGUCGUAAGGAGACUGGGAGAGAAGAAGUUGGCGGCGGUGAGAACAAGAUGGAUGUUCAGGAAUCAGCCGAACAUGUGGAGGAAAAUGGAGAGCAAGAAAUUGAGGAUUCCUCUUAUAACAUUCAUCAACCAGAAAUAUGCCCAGGUGCCGGUGGAGAUGUGAAUUUACUCCCUCGUGUAGCGCUGGGUGAACGCUACAAACCCAGUCAUGCUGUAAAUGAAGCCAAGACAGGUGGCGUCAGUUCUGUGAAUUUCUCCACUCGUGUAGUGCUCGGUGAUUGCUGCCGACCCAGUCAUGCCAAAAAUGAAACCGAGACAGUAAAACCAUCGAAUAAAGGACCUGCAGCUCCCAAGACUGCCACGCAAAUCAGAUCAAGACAUAGGAUCACGACAAUGGAAGAGUACAGGAAGACAAUGGAGGCCGAACCCAAGAGUAUUGGUAAACCACAAGUUAACCACUAUGCCCCAAGCAUGUAUCCAGCCUCGUCGAAAUCCUGCGCAACGCGGCAAAUUGCGAAUAACAUUCCGACACAGAAGAAAACUGAACAAAAAUCUCACAAAAAAGCAGGGAUAAAGGAAACUGACGUCAAGAAGAGAGGAUGCAUGUGGUAUUUCUGGCGUUUUGUCCUCCUGGUACUGCUCAGUACUUCUGCCUUCUUGCUGGCAUACAUGAUCAUUCCCAUAUUUCAAAGGACUGCAGAUAGUGUGAAGCAUCCACCCAGAGUUGUAGAGCCAGAAAAGUUUGCAGAUCACUUGACUCUUCUUGAAACUCAGUUCCCCAGUCAGCGGUCUGACUUAUGGAAGAGGAGCAAAAUCCACCUGGAGAAGCACCUCAAUACAGCCCAUCCCACAGAGCCAGUCAGUCUGAUCUUUACCUCUGGCCUCAAAGCUGAGAAGACACUGAAGUGCCUGGCUCAGGGGCUGGCCUCCUCCUUCUCAUCUGCCCUUAACGCCUCCGUCCUCCACAUCGACGGAGCCAGUAAAGCCAGCCAGGACAGCGAUGAGGUGAAGCUGGAUGUCGACAGCCAGUUGCAAGCAGCUUUUGAAGGAGACAAACCCGUGGCUGUCAUUCACCGCUUCGAAGAGCUGCCUCCAGGCUCCACCCUUAUUUUUUAUCGCUACUGUGACCACGAAAGUGCAGCAUACAAGCAGGUAUUCUUGUUGUUUACUGUGCUGCUGCCUCAAGAUGAAAUUGAGAAUAAGCAGAGUCUGAAGGAGGUGGAGGAGGCUGUGCAAGAUUAUGUUAAAGCAAGGCUGGUGGGCUCCGGCAACCAAACGGCCUUCAAUGAGAUGGAUGCUGACAAGUACGGUGGACUGUGGAGCCGUAUCUCCCAUCUUGUCUUGCCUGUGGUGUCUGAGAAGGAAGUGGAGCAGAAAGGAUGCUGAUGAACAAAGCUGGCAUCAAAAAGGAAGUCAGGGAUAUCACUUUGGACCAGCCUGAUCCUUCUUGACACUGUGCAGGAGCUGUGAUGCAGAGACGUAACAUGUAGAUGAAGUGUGUGUCCUGUUAUAUUUCAAAUAUAGACUUGCUUUGUUUGUAUUAAUCUCUCUGUGUAAGAGACAAGAUUGUAUUCAAGCUGCAGUCCAAUGUUGAUGAUUCAGGUUAAAUGCUCACAAAGAUGUCCAGCACUGAAGUUUUUUUUACACAUGUGUACAUGUACAGGCUUUCCAUAAAGGAUGUGACGGUGAUGUUUCACCACCAAUUCAUAUACGAUUUGUGUCCCUUCAUUUAAUUCUCUUUUGUACAUGAUUGGUUUGGCUUUGCACUAAAGAUGUUUGAUUUUGCUUCAAGUAUCCAUUUUAUCAACAAUACUGGCUUUUAUUAAGAUAAAUAUUUUAUAUUCUGUGUUUUUCUGAAUGUGUAUUUUUGUUAUAUACUGUAUCUUUACUAGAUUUAAAUAAUUUUUGAUAGCUCUGUACAUAUAUUGGAUAUAAAAAAUGUUUGUUUUUUUGCACCUGUUGUACUUGCAGUGUUGUCAACUUAAAAACAAACAGGUUCUCACUAAGUGAUUUGAAUUUGUAAAAAAUAUUUUGACUAAAUAUUAGUCAGCAAGUCACAGAAUGUGCCUUAAACACCCAAAUGGAGAAGAUCAGACUAUAUUUAAAAAAAUAGCAACAGACUCAUCAAUCAUUUGUUUCUGUAUUUUGACAACAUCACAACUCAAACAAGGUUUCUUGUAGACAGAUUUUUGCAAAUUUAAAUGAUAAAAUACUGAAAAGUGUUCUUUUUUUCAUGUGAUACAGUUCAUUCCUCUGAUGUUAUCCCUCUGAGAUGGAUUUUGUUGUGCUUAUAUGAACACAUGUACAUUUUAAAUAAAGAUUAUUUUGAUAUGUC